AUGAGAUUACCAUGGAAGGCCCCUUGGCUACUGAAGAAGUAUCCACCUGAACCAAACAAGAAGUCCUUUGCUCAAUUAGAGCGUACUGUAAUGAAUCAAUACCUUACCGCUGAAUAUAAUAAAUUGUUAUCUAAUUACAACGUUUUUUACUUGUACCAUUUGAGUAAACCUAACAAUGAUCAACAAAUCGAUAGAAAAUUCCUAUGGGAGGCACAUAAGGAGUCCUUAAAUGGAAAAGUAUUGCUACUAAAAGAUCCAUUAAGUAAAGCAAACUUUCGUCCAUGUUUAGAUCCAAAACUAACCUCUAAACAAAUAUUACAUUGGAAAGGGAACACGCACAUCGGAUUUCAAUCAAUAUCAACAUUAAAUCAAUUAUUGUUGAAUGAAAAAUGGACCAAAUUCACAUAUGCUGAUAAUGUUAUUGAACCAUAUGGUAUUGGUAUACGGCUUGACGGACCUCAAAAUAUAGACGGUCUGAAUGAAAUAGAACCAAUACUUGAAGAGACACAUAAUAUGUAUAAGAAUCUUGAUUACAAAGGUUUAUUAGCUAUAGCCAAGAAACGUAAGGAUAAUUCAAAUUCAACAUUAUCCUCUGGCAAGACCGUUGCAAGAGAGUUUCUCGAGUUGCUCGCAAAUAUUAGAAUCACCAACCCUACUAUGACGUCAAACUCUCAGUGGUUGCUAUUCACCAGCAAUAGUCACUAA